ACCCUAACAAAAUCCGGACACAAACCAACCUGCGGUUAGUACGAGUCUAUAGGGGGAGGGCCCUCUAAUCUCGACGAUAAGAAUAUGACUCAGGCUUUAUCCUCGCUUUUGGGAGUUCGUCUUCCCUCGCCAUAUGGCUCAUCGUCAUCAUCUUUCAGGGCUUUGUCUUCAUCAUCAAGAUCUUUGAACGUUCCUCGCUCAUUCAAACCCGUUAAGGUCAUGGCCUCUGGGGAUAUCAGAGGCAAACCUGAACAUCUUCGAAGACCCCCCAUGAACCCCUCUCACCUUAAGAGAAGAGUUGCCCAGCCCGUAGAGCUGUGGGACCGAUUUCCUACGGCGAAGGCGGUGCAGAAGAUGAUGGAGACAAUGGAGAGGAUGAUGGAGGACCCAUUUGCAUUUAGCACUGGGGAGUGGCCGAUGCCGGUGAGCGACCGAGGCGGUUAUCCGAGGGGAAGGACGCCAUGGGAGGUGAAAGAAGGAGAGAAAGAGUACAAGAUGAGAUUUGAUAUGCCUGGGAUGACCAAGGAGGACGUGAAGGUGUGGGUGGAGGAGAAGGUGCUUGUGGUGAAGGCUGAGAAAGAAAGAAAGAAGAAUGGUGACGAAGGUGAAGAAGAUGAUGAUGAUGAUGGGGAAGUGUGGUCUGCCAAGAGCUAUGGAAGGUAUAACAGUAGGAUUGUUUUGCCAGAGAAUGUUGCGUUUGAGAAAAUUAAGGCUGAGGUUAAGGAUGGUGUUCUUUACAUAACCAUGCCUAAGGCUUCUUCCUCUUCAAGGAUCCUUGAUAUCCAUGUCCAGUAAAUCUUUCUUUUUUUUUUCCUUUUUGUUUUUGGUUUCAAAAAGUUGUGUAUAUAUUUUGCUUAAGUGAGCAGUUUAAGUUAGAAUCAGUCCCUUAAGUGCCAAAUGUUUCAAAUGGUCUCCGUUUUGAAGAAAACCAAAUCAAUGAAUCAUGUUAAAAGUAUAAGAUUGGUUUGUCAAGGGGAA